AUGAUAUGGAGGGGAUUGGAACACCUGAAUCACAUGAUUGGGAGGGGAUUGGAACACCUGAAUCACAUGAUAUGGAGGGGAUUGGAACACCUGAAUCACAUGAUAUGGAGGGGAUUGGAACACCUGAAUCACAUGGUUGGGAGGGGAUUGGAACACCUGAAUCACAUGAUUGGGAGGGGAUUGGAACAUCUGAAUCACAUGAUACGGAGGGGAUUGGAACACCUGAAUCACAUGAUAUGGAGGGGAUUGGAACACCUGAAUAACAUAAUAUGGAGGGGAUUGGAACACCUGAAUCACAUGAUAUGGAGGGGAUUGGAACACCGGAAUCACAUGAUUGGAGGGGAUUGGAGCACCUGAAUCACAUGAUAUGGAGGGGAUUGGAACACCUGAAUCACAUGAUAUGGAGGGGAUUGGAACACCGAAAUCACAUGAUUGGGAGGGGAUUGGAACACCGGAAUCAUAUAAUAUGGAGGGGAUUGGAACUCCUGAAUCACAUGAUAUGGAGGGGAUAGGAACACCUGAAUCACAUGAUAUGAAGGGGA